UGUGGGAGUAUAAGUUAAAGUUAAAUAAACAAAAUAAAUCGUGAUGAUGUAGGACGAUAGUAGUAUAUAAUAAACUACAUGGGUGGUCUAACUGGGACACCGUAAUUACGAGUAUAUUGAGCUUAAGACGAGGCUGAGACGGCCGCUGGGAAAGACUCGCACUCGAAACUCGAACCAUGUGUAAAGAAGAGGAAGAAGCUAUAGCCGCGCGCAUAGUUGGGUAAAAGUAGUUUGGGCGUGUUUGGUUGGUGUUGGUUGGUGUUGGAUGGGAUAGCGGACAUGGAGGGCACGGCGUUUCGUACAGUUGCGUUACUGCCUGACCCCCCCAUCUGUAACUUACCUCCACCCUUUUCAGCCUUUUUCAGGGUCAAGUGGCACCAUUCCAGUCAUCCUCCACAAACCUCCACUUUCAAGUCCCCGGGGCAAAACAGAAAAGCACACACGAGGGGUUGCUUUACGACCACCACACAGCAUCAUACUCGACGCACCUGACCACCGAGGUCGUCCCAACUUCGUCCGUCACAACGCUGGUCGCAACACCGCAACUUCCCACACACGCCGCGCUCGAAUCCAGAACACACAAUGGCGUACAACCAGGGCCGUCCUAACGACGGGCGACCACCGCAGCAAUACCAGGCUUAUGGGCCGAGAGGGGGAGGCGGAGGCGGAGGAGGGGGAGGAGGCCAGUACCAGCAAGACAACUACGGCUAUGAAAACGGAGGCGGAAACGGCUACGACCAGGGAUACCAGCAGCCGCCGCCGAAUGCGCGCGGGGGAGGGGGAGGAGGAGGCCAAGGGCCACCGAGGGGAUAUCCACCACAGAACCAGAACUACCCAUCAGGAGGAGGGUACCCGAACGGCGGGGGUGGUGACCCGAGGGCGCAAGGCCGCGGAGGACGAGUAGGCCCGGACCUCUACGCGCAGAAGCCGCCGCCGAGAGGAGAUAGCAGAGGAUAUGGCGGGGGAGGAAAUGCGCCUCCACCACGAGGCGAUAGCAGGGGAUACCAAGGGCAGGAUGGACCGCCGGGGGCUAACAUGGGGAGGGGAGGGGGGGAGCCCGGGGGCUCAGAUCCAGGUAGAGUUGCGCGAAAACCGAUGCCCGGUCCGGGAGCACCGCAAGUGGACGGGCUGGCGCAGCAGUUUGCUGGCGUAGAUAUAAAUGGUGGUGACCGACGACCGGCUCCAUCACGGGGAGGAUACCCACCACAAGGCCGGGAAGGGCCACAGCAGGGAUAUGGAAGGGGGCCAGGGAAUGACGGAUAUGGGCAAGGUGGCUAUGACCAGACCAAUGCAGCAAGCACCCCAACCUCACCUAUUCGAACAGGUUUCAAUGCGAACGGUCAGCAAUACCCACUUGAAGCACCAGGCGGCGGUAGCGCACCCUACAAUGGCUCGGCUGGCCGAGGGAUUCCCAGACCCGCGACCGCGUCGUCAGACAGACCAGGUCCCCCGCAACGCUCAUACAUGCAGCCGCCUCUUCCACAGGGUGGUGGUUACGAUGAUGGAUACGGUACUGCCGGAUAUGAGCAAGGCAAUGGCCGCCAGGGGCAUGAUAGUGUUAUCGACCUUUAUGAUCAUUAUUUCGACAGUAGUGCUCAAGAUCCCCACAACCGUUCCAUGUCCUUAGAUCAAUCUAGACUAGGUAACCAAGGCCAAGGAUACCAGGACGAUGGAUACGGCCAGCAGCAGCAGUAUAAUGGACAGCCUCAAGGACCUCACAACGGCUAUGCGAAUGGAAAUGGCCAAGACCAAGGGUUCGGGCCACCUGCCCGGUCGGCGACUGAGAACAUUGGGGCUGGCGGAAGAGCAGCCACCGGACUAGGUGGUCUACCAGCACACCCAGCACCAUACAGACCUGGCCACCAACAGCCAGCCGCCAACCAGAUGAACAACAAGCCCCCGCCAGUCCGCAACUACAACCCCAGCAUUGCCUCCGGACACACCGCCCCGUCGAGCUACCCCUCCACCACGUCCACGCCCGCGCCACCCGCAGAACCUGAAACCGAGAUGAUCGUCACGCCAGCCGAGCUGGAGCGCCUGCGCGCCAUGGUAAGCAACAACCCCAUGGACGAAGCCAUGCAGCUUGUCCUAGCGCGUAAGCUGGUCCUCGCCUCCGAGACACUCGCCGCCACGAUCCCUGACCCGAAGACGCGUGCCAAGACACGUGAGCGCUGGGUCAUCGAGGCGCACAAGAUCCUCAAGAAGAUGGUCGCGAUCCCAAACAUGGACGCCAUGUUCUUCCUUGCCGACUGCUACGGGCGUGGCGCGCUGGGACUGGAGACCUCACCCUCCCAAGCUUUCACUCUGUACCAAUCCGCUGCCAAGGCGGGCCAUGCGCAAGCAGCGUACCGGACAGCUGUGUGCUGUGAGAUCGGGCAAGAAGACGGCGGCGGGACGCGCAAGGACCCACUGAAGGCGAUGCAAUGGUACAAGCGCGCCGCAACCCUGGGUGACCCCCCAGCCAUGUACAAGAUGGGUAUGAUCCAACUGAAGGGCCUCCUCGGGCAGCAGAAGAACAUGCGCGAAGCGGAGAUGUGGCUCAAGCGUGCCGCAGACCUUGCGGACGCCGAGAAUCCCCACGCGCUGCACGAGCUGGCACUCCUCUUCUCCGCGUCACAGAGCCAGGACACCAGCGUGGUUCGCGACGAGGCGUACAGUCUUACCCUGUUCAAGCAGGCGGCCGAGCUGGGGUACAAGUUCAGCCAGUUCCGUCUGGGCGCCGCGCACGAGUACGGGCUAUUCGGGCUGGCUAUCAACCCCAAGGAGAGUAUCCAGUGGUACUCCCGCGCUGCGGUGCAGGAAGAGCACCAGAGCGAGUUGGCGCUCAGUGGGUGGUAUCUUACUGGUGCGAAGGAUGAGCGCAGCGGACAGAUGAUCCUGGCGCAGAGUGAUACGGAGGCGUAUCUGUGGGCGCGCAAGGCGGCGAUGGCAGGGCUGGCGAAGGCGGAGUAUGCGAUGGGGUAUUUUACGGAGAUGGGGAUUGGGAGCACGCAGGAUAUUGAGGGGGCGAAGCGGUGGUAUUGGAGAGCUGCUGCCCAGAACUUCCCGCAAGCACGGGAGCGCCUCGAGGAGCUGAAGCGCUCAGGCGGCAAGGGCCUCCCGAACCGCGAGCGCAUCUCGCGUAGCAAGGUGGGGAAACAGAAUGAGGGCGAGUGCGCGGUGAUGUAAUGGGGCAUACCUCCUGCCUGAGCACAGUAAAUAAAAAAAGGCGCGGCGCCGAUGCAUGGAUGGAUGGAUGGGGCUGGACCCUAGCGCUGUGGUUGGAGGGAGGAAGAGUGAUGAAUUGGUGGGGGGG